AGUCGAUUUAGAACAAGAUGAAAAAGUAGUCGAUAUUAAGGUACAAAAAAAGUUAAUAUUUUCUACUGUUCUGUUGGUAAAAUCAAGGUUUCUGAUGUGUUUUAGGAAUUACUUGCUGAUGAAUAUCUCCCCCCCCCCUUUGAUAUGAAGGUGAACAUUUUCGAGAAGAAACACUUAUAGAAAAAUACUCCUUACAUAAGGGAGGUACAUCUCCCACCCCCCCUCUAAUCCGACCUCAAAAACAUGAUAAAGUCAUUUUGAAGUGAAAAUUCAUUUCUUUUUUCUUUCAUAGGUAAAACACAUGGAUCAUUAGCUCGAGCUGGUAAAGUUAAAGGUGAAACACCAAAAGUUGAUAAACAAGAAAAUUCAAAGAAAAAACUAACAGGUCGUGCUAAAAAACGUGUACAAUAUCAACAGCGUUUUAAUAAUGAAGUUGUAUCUGUGGAUGGACGCCGACGUGGACCAAAUUCAAAUCAAUAA